AAAGCGAGCAAUUCGACGGACAUAAACAAAAUGGCUUCGACCCGGCACGCGACACCAUUUAUAAGCCACGGUGUGUUUAUUUUUGUUGCUGUCUCUCUCAUAUUACCGAUGGUGAACGAAGGUGAUGCGAAGAUAUACGACAACACACGAAACUUCGCGAAUGAGGAGAAGAGGUUGACGAGAGAAUAUCACCUGCGGCAAGGCGCACUGCGGGGUCUGAUAGUGAAACCGGGUCGUCAGUACGACCUGCAGCAAGUGGAAAUGUUCUUAGGUAUACCCUACGCCGCUGCUCCGGUUGGAUCCUUGAGGUUUAUGCCUCCAGUAAGUGCGCCACCUUGGUCAGGCAUCAAAAUGGCCACUCGUUUCGCGCCGGUGUGUCCACAAUCAUUGCCAGUGAUAAAGAAAGGAGAUCCACCAUCACUAGGAAGGCAGAAUUACAUGAACAAACUGAAACAAUUCCUUAAAGAUGAGUCAGAAGAUUGUCUAUAUUUAAAUAUUUACGUUCCUUAUAGAGAACAAAAAUCAAAGAAAUUCCCCGUGCUAGUGUUUAUACACGGCGACUCCUUUGAAUGGAGUUCAGGGAACCCUUACGACGGCAGAAUACUUGCCGCAUACGGCAAUAUUAUGGUUAUCACUGUCAACUAUCGUCUCGGAAUACUAGGUUUCGUAAAGCCAAGUCUCACUGAGCACGAGUACGGGAACAAUGGUCUGCUCGACCAGCUAGCUGCGCUCAAGUGGAUCAAGGACAACAUCGAGGACCUAAGCGGUGACCCUGACUCCGUCACACUGAUGGGACACGGCACUGGUGCUGCCUGCGUCAACUUUCUCAUGCUCUCACCCAUUUCUAACGCGUUGUUCCACCGAGCGAUCCUGAUGUCGGGUUCGGCGCUGUCAGACUGGGCGAUGACUCGGGACCCCGCGCAGUACACGCUGCAAGUCGCUCAAGGCCUCGGCUGCAACCCCACCUCUAAGCACAUGAUGACGUGCUUGCAGAACAAACCUUUAUCUGAUAUAAAGAAAGUACAAAUCCUGGCUCGAGAAUUCGAAACGCCGCUCGGUCCUAGCGUCGCCGGAUAUUUCGUGCCCAAUGAACCGGAGAAAACAAUGCAAUCAUUUCCCAAUUUACUAAGCAAAUAUCAAUUACUAAGUGGUGUAACAGAAUUAGAGAGCUACCAUGACUUUGGUGUCAUAGAAUUAGACUCUGGGAUUUUGGAAAAUCAAAGAGAUGACUUCAUAAAGAAAUAUAUGAAAAUAACUUUUGAAGGUGCCGAACAAGAAGCAGUUAAAGAUAUACUUAAACAAUACUCCAAGUCAAAGGCGGACCCGCAACGUUGGAAUGUGGACACGAAUCGUGACGUCAUACUUGAUUUGUUCAGUGACGCGAGGACAUUAGCUCCCAUGAUCAGUUUUGCGAAUUACCAGUCAAAAGCCAAUCGACAAUCGUACUUCUAUGUGUUUGGACAUAAUUCUAUAAGUACAGAGUACGCAGCGUUAAACAAAAGUGUUCAUGGAGAAGAAAUGCCUUACGUGUUAGGCAUCCCUCUUGGAGGUGCCAACUCACAUUUCCAUACUGAGUACACUCCCCAAGAAAAAUUACUUAGCGAAGUUGUCAUGAGAUUAUGGACUAACUUCGUUAAAAACGGAUCUCCAAAUACACAAAGCGUUAAUGAAUAUUACUCUCUGGAUCGAAAGCAAUGGUCACAUUACAAUGUCGAAUGGCCCGAAUACACAGAAGCGCAGCAACCAUACUUAAAAUUAGACAUUCCACCAUCUAUAAGCAGUUCAUAUAGAAAAAACUUUACAAAAUUUUGGCUGGAAACAUUACCUAAUAAAGCAAAAAGAUAUGUAAUAGACCCUUUAUUUGAGUACACACCAAAACCAACAACAUCGAGACCUAAAACUACACAUAGGAUUAUAGAUCCUAUAAGAAAAAUAUGGUCACCUCAAAUAAGUAAUCCACCAUACUAUUCAACUUCUUAUGGUAAAAUACGUCCGUUCUCACAACCGGAACAUAGACCAGAUACGAAUAUGAUAUAUCGGGAAAUACAGUCAAUAAAAACACCAUCCAGGCCCAUUCCGCCCGGUUUAAUGGAAAAAGUCACUCACAAUACUUAUUCGACGACUGCUAAGCCUACGACAUUAAACAACAUGCCCGUAAAAACUUCCAGCGCGACCGUAACUCUUAUUGUUACAUUGGGAAUUCUUUUCUUAGCUGUUAAUGUCGGAAUAUGUGCUGUGUUAUAUUUCAAGAAGCGAAGAAUUAGAUUGCGUGAAAGGACUUUGGAAACAACGCGACAUUCUCGUGCCGAUAUUGGUGAAGUCGAUGUUAUUGGACAAAAAUGUUCCAAAGAUGAUAAAAGUGCACUUAAAACAUUUAAAAAUAGUUGUAGCGUUAUCAAAACUAUUGGUCUUAAUAAAAUGAGAGGUAGCACAAAUAGUAAGAAAAAUAAAAAGAAACAAGAACCCUGUAAAACUCCAAAAUCUGAUGAUUCUGGGGGUUUUCGUGAAAGAUUUCAAUUGAGAAGACAUCUGUCUACUAGUACUUUAGACGCUAACACUAAAGUUAGAGAUUGGAUAGCCAAUGAAGUCAUGCAUAGGUGUUCUCCAAAUAUACUUAGAAAAUCUAACUCAGAAUUGGAUACCGCUAAAAGCAACAAUGUUAGAAUACCAUUUACAAGAUCUGAGGAAUUGUUAUCAGAUGGUAAAAAGAAUAAUAAAGAUGGUUUGAACAUAAGUGACAGUGUAUCACCAAAGAAUUCGCUAUCGAAAAAUUACCGUAACAAUAAAACCAAAACUUCAGAAAAAACUACAUCUACGUCUGCAUUAGGUUCGCACUCAUCAAUAGGUAGUAACAAACAAUCAUUGGUGAGUAAGCAUACUGCAAAGUCAAACGAUUCACUGAAGAGUAAAGGGACUGAUAGUAUGAAGUCGAAGAAAGUUUCUGUGGCAAUUGACGCUACUCCUGCUGCACGUACAAGUUCUGUUUUAAAACAAGAACCUAUAGAAUUUUCUAAGUCACUUGAUUAUACGACGGAUGACUCGAGACAAAACAAACUACAACGAUCAAAAACUGAAGGCGAUUUCAAAUGCGAAGGAAUAAAAGAAAACGAAAAUAAGACCUUUACUAAUGUCGUUACAUUGUCAUUGAAACAAGAAACGCCGCUGAAAAUAUCACAUAAACAUUCAUCGUCAGAUCCCGUAACCGACGUUAAUUACGAGUUAUUGAUGAGGGAGAAAAUGAAUUCGGGAUCUAACGUCUUUGAUAUUCUACCUCCGGUUACAUUUAGAAAUAACAUAAAUGUUACUUCAAAAGACGAUGUUCAACUACAACCCUUAUCACCAGAGGAAUCACUAAUGAUUAUAAAAAGAAGAAAUUUCCCGAAAGUCUUACCAGAUUUUCCGAAAGCACAAAAAAGACUAUCGUUACAACCUACAAAUCUGCAAACAUUUAGAAAUUUUCAAGGGAAUUCAGAAAAUAUUUUCGAUAAACCAAGAGUUCCGCCCCAACCUCCACCACGUACUACAACAUUGGAACGUCGACUAGCAUAUCAAAAUUCUAAGCCAUUUUCUUCGUUCGGCAUUAAGACGAACAUUACAAAUUGUGAACCAAAGUCAGUACAAGAUUAUGAAAAUAUAGAAUCCCUUUCGACGUGCUACGAUGAUUUUAAAAACUCAAAAAAAUCGUUUGAAAGUAUUUACGGCAUAAAUGAACACGCUGACCAUAGACGGGAAUACCCAAAAGUUAUAAUAGCUUCUAGUCAUGUCCCUACUAAUUCAGAUACAAAAAUCUUAAUACAACCUUCACAUAGUCAGGUUGAUAUAUCUACAAAUGUACCACGAGUUAGAUUACCUGAUGAUUUUCACUCGCACACAACUGGAUCUGUUAAAUCAUUUACAUCUAUUUGUUCAGAAGAUAACAUAGAAGAUGAAGAAGACGAUUUUCUUGAUGAUCUCGCUGAAGAUAAACUUAUUCAAGAGUUAGUGGGAGGAGUGGAAUCACCGACUAGUUCAGUAACAUUCGAUUCCAAGGGACCAGAAACAAUAUUCGAAAAAAGACUAGAAAUCGUACCUGUAAAAUUAAAUACAGUCCAGGUGAUGCCUAAAGAAGAUUAUAUUUGUGUAUCAGAUUUCUUUCUACCCGGUAUUAGUGACACAGAAAGAACGGCAAAAAUUAAGCCAAAUUUUGGUUUGAAUAAGCUCCAGCAACGAAGUGAAAGUAUUAAUAAGCCUCUGGAAAAAGCUGUCAAGGUAAAGCAAAAAAAGACAAUUAAUCCUACAGUAAUUUUAAACAAAACUUUAAAGAGUUGUAAAAGCGAUAGUUUUAGAAAUGAUCCAACUACAAAACUAGAACAUUCUAAUUCAGGAUCUUCCAAUGACACAGAGACAAGUACAGGGACUGUAAAAAAGGUUGAUUUAAAACAGUAAUCUUUCACAGGAUUCUAAAUAUAUGUAAGUCUGCACUGCUAGUGUUACUUAACUACACAAGUGUUGUACGUAUUAAUUCCUUAAUGUACCUAAAUUUAUAACUAGAGAUAGUUACAAGUGAUUACUAUAAUGCAUUUAUGAA